AUGCCAUCGAGAAGUCUAGUCUCAAGAGAUGGUGACAAAGUUCGACAGCGAUCUAAGCUUUCCUUACGUUGGUCAGCUAACUGUAUCAUGCGGUGUGGUAGCACAAUUCCCAAAGCGCUUUCUGCUGUUUUUUCAACGAGUCGAAAACACCACUUGAGAGCUCAGAAUUACAGUCUUCUGAGUAACGGCAGAUCCAUCUUGUCGAAGAAACCAGUGCGUGAUGUUCAUCCCAAAAAACCUGCUAGAACUAGAUUUGCACCAUCCCCAACUGGCAAGCUGCAUUUGGGAUCUCUUCGAACCGCUCUAUACAAUUAUUUGCUUGCGAAGAGCACUGGUGGAUCGUUCCUGCUACGGUUGGAGGACACAGAUCAGAAUAGAUUAGUGCCAGGCGCUGAAGAGAAUAUCUACGACUCACUAAAAUGGUGUGGGAUCUCGUACGAUGAAGGUCCUCGUGUCAAUGAAGAUCAAUACGGGCCCUUUCGGCAAAGUGAUAGAACCGAAAUAUAUCGUAACUACAGCGAAAAGCUGCUAAAGACGGGACAUGCGUAUCGGUGUUUUUGCUCCAAGGAACGAUUGGAUGGUCUGCGCGAAAGCGCUCAAAAACUACGUCCUCCUGCCACUUCCAGCUACGACAGGCUUUGUGCAAACCUUUCAGAGCACCAAGUCCACGAAAAGCUCCAGCAAAAUGUGCCCUAUACAGUGCGCUUGAAAUCUCCUGACCAGUACGCACCGUUCCAAGAUCUUCUGCAUGGUACGGUGAAUGUUCAACCGCAGACCAAUGUCAACGACAGACGCUACGACGACCCGAUCCUUGUGAAAUCGGAUUCGUUACCAACCUACCAUUUUGCGAAUGUGGUUGAUGACCAUUUGAUGGAGAUCACGCAUGUGGUACGGGGCGAAGAGUGGCUUCCUUCGACACCUAAACACAUCGCGCUGUACCAGGCAUUUGGAUGGAAGGCUCCCGAAUUUAUCCAUAUCCCGUUGUUGACGUCGUUGAGCGACAAGAAACUCAGCAAAAGACGUGGGGACGCGAAUGUGAUGGCCCUCAAGGAGCGAGGCGUUCUUCCAGAGGCUCUGGUCAACUUCAGCGUGCUCUUUGGAUGGUCGCCGCCCCGUGAGGAAGCGGCCAAGACCCAUGAAUGUUUCCGUUUGCCGGAAUUGAUUAAACUUUUCGAUCUCAAUAAUUUGACCAAGGGCAACGCCAAAGUUGAUGAAAAGAAACUGUGGUUUUUCAACAAGCAUUAUCUGUCGGAAAGAUUACAAGAUCCCGAGCAAUUAGACCGCAUUGUCACGGAAAUUCACGAAAAACUCUGUGCCACGGUUGGUGAAAUCGACAGGUCUCGGGUCAAAGAAGCUCUGGUGCUUGUGGGUAACUCUUUGACAAAACAAGACGACCUGCUUUCUGACUUUUACUACCUUUUCGCGAAACCCAGGUUUGAAAACAACCCGCACGUCACCAAGUUCAUGCAGAAACAGAAUCCAAACCAAGUCCGCGUGAUUCUUCAUGACGUCGACAACAGCCUAGCAGAAUCAUCUGAUAUUACGGCACAUAUCGAUCAGAUUGCAGAGCACUCUGGUGUUCGCAAAGGUGUGGUAUAUGAAGUUGUGCGCUUUGCAUUGGCCGGGUCGAUUCCAGGCUUAAAAAUACCGUAUUUGGCUCAAUUUUUGGGCUCAGAAGAAACUAAAACCAGGGUUCGUGAGGCCUUGAAUUGGCUGGAUGUACUGGACGCUGCCAGUUGA